GCGAGGUUGGAAACAAACAUAGAAAGCAUGAGCUAUUUGUGUAAAAACACAGUAGGUCAUCUCUGUAUCCUCAGCACCUAGAACAUGUUUGGGCAUGGUCAAUAGAUGAUUACUGGAUGGAUGGAUGGAUGGAUGGAUGGAUGGAUGGAUGGAUGGAUGGAUGGAUGGAUGGAUGGAUGGAUGGAUGGAGUUCUAAAAGUGAGUAAUGAAAAUGAGGAAGCCUAGAAUUGUGGGAUGGAGAUAACUAAUGAGAAAGUUAAGAAUAAUAAAGGAACCAUAAAUGUUGGUUAAUUGCAGAUGCAUACAGAGAUGGUCCAAGUCCUCUGGGGCUGCUUCCUUCUGUGGAAUCUCAACAUCGCACCUUCUCAGACCAUUUACCCUGGAAUCAAGGCAAGGAUUACUCAGCGGACACUGGACUAUGGCAUUCAAGCUGGGAUGGAGACAAUUGAGCAAAUGAUAAUGGAAAAGAGCAUCCCAGAUUUAAAAGGUUCUGAAUCUCUUGAAUUUCUGAAGGUUGAUUAUGUGGGCUACAAUUUUUCAACCAUAAAAAUCAAGGCCUUUUCAUUUCCAAAUACUUCAUUAGCCUUUGUGCCUGGAGUGGGAAUCAAAGUGCUCACCAAUCACGGCACAGCCAACAUCAGCACACACUGGGAAGUCAAGUCUCCACUUUUCCAAGAUGCAGGAGGAGCCGAUCUGUUUCUCUCUGGGGCCUUCUUCACUGGUAUCCUCAUCCUGUCCCGAAAUGACUUUGGUCACCCAACCCUGAAGCUCCAAGACUGCCAUGCUCAAGUGAGCCACGCCCAUGUCUCGUUCUCUGGAGAACUCAGUGUCCUGUAUAACCCCUUUGCUGAGCCCAUGGAGAAACCCAUUUUAAAGAACUUAAAUGAAAUGCUCUGUCCCAUGAUCACCAAUGAGGUCGAAGCACUAAGUGCUAAUCUCAGCAUGCUGGAGGUUCUAACCAAGAUCAACAACCAUACUCUGCUGGAUUAUUCCCUGAUCAAUUCUCCAGAAAUUACUGAGAAUUACAUGGACCUGAAUUUGAAGGGCACAUUCUACCCACUGGAAAACCUUACUGACCCUCCCUUCUCACCAGUUCCAUUUACACUUCCUGAACGCAGUGACUCUAUGCUCUACGUUGGGAUCUCCGACUAUUUCUUUAAAUCUGCAUCCUUUGCUCACUUUACAGCUGGGGCUUUCAAUGUCACACUCUCCACAAAGGAGAUUUCCAAUCAUUUAGUUCAAAACUCCCAAGGUUUUGGCAACAUGCUGUCCCGGAUUGCAGAGAUCUACAUCUUGUCCCAGCCCUUCAUGGUCCAGAUCAUGGCAACAGAGCCUCCUGUGAUCAAUUUACAACCGGGUAAUUUCACCUUGGAUAUCCCUGCCUCCAUCAUGGUGCUCACCCAACCCAAGAACUCAACUGUUGAAACCAUCGUUUCCAUGGACUUUGUUGCUAGUACCAGUGUCGGCCUGGUGAUUUUGGGACAAAGACUGGUCUGCUCCUUAUCUCUGAACAGAUUCCGCCUCUCUUUGCCAGAAUCCAAUCGCAGCAGUAUUGAGGUCUUGAGGUUUGAGAAUAUUCUGUCUUCAAUUCUUCACUUUGGAGUGCUUCCACUGGUCAACGCAAAAUUGCAGCGAGGGUUUCCUCUGCCCAACCCGUACAAAAUCUCAUUCGUCAAUUCAGAUAUCGAGGUUCUUGAGGGUUUCCUUUUGAUUUCCUCCGACCUGAAGUAUGAACCAAACUUAAAGCAGGAGCCAAGAAUCCAUAGCUGGGAAGCUCUGAACCUGAUAAAUGGACACUGGAGUGGGAAGCCAGCCCCUUGAUUUCCUGUUUGUAAACCACCACAAGAAGUAAAUGGCCCUUUACCCCACAGCUGCUAUAAACCCGGAAGGGGAAGACAGUGUGCCCUGGGAUUUUAAAGCCCUUAUGAAUGGCUUAGGCAAAAAGGUUUCUUUCUCAAGGCUUCCGGGACCUAGAAUGAGACAAACUGGGUUAAAGAGCUGAAUGGGGGAGGGAGGCACCUCUGUGUGUGUGUGGGGAGGUGGGUGUUUGAAUGUCUGCGUGUGCAUGAUGUAGCCAUCUGUGUUUUUAAGAUUCUGGGGUCAAGGGCUAGGCAUGUCCACCUAACGAGGUGGAUAAGAAACUCUUUUAGUACACGUUUGAAUUGGUUGUUAUCAGUGGAGACCUCUUCAACUCUCUACGGGUUUCCGCUUUCCUGCAUACUGGAUUUUAUGUUUUGUAUUUACUGUUACUAUGCCCUUUAUUUAAUAAAAAUUGUUUUCUAUCAAUGUCUACCUUGUCUUUUUAUUUGAGAAUUUCCUGAUCCAAUUUUUUUAAUAAGACAGGGAAAAAGAGAAGGAAAUUUAGUGUCUUUAACACCG